AUGAUGCGCAUCUUUAACCGUUUAUAUGCACUCUCUGCUAUCGCACUCUGCACGGUUUUCAUAACAGGAUGGAUUUUGACGUCACGGACUUUCUCCAAUAUCGUCCCUUUGGCAUCAGCUCCAUUCCAAGUAGCCAGCACAUUUGACCAGCGAUUAGUCGUUUUCGGGGACUCAUGGAGCGACAACCAAUCCCACGAGUCCCAGGGCAAGGUAUGGACAGACUGGCUCUGUUCAAUGCUCUCCUGCCACCAAGAGAACCUAGCGCAGACAGCAAGUCCAAUCCUAAAAGGCAAGAAUAUCGGUGCAGUGGUCGACAACAAAGAACUCGAUCUACUGGGUCAACUGUCUCAGACCCAUGUCGCAGACUUCAAGUCCCAGCUCCAGCAAUGGCUAGAUGCCGAGGCAACUGCGACAAAGGGCCUCUCCGAAGAAGCGGUCCGGUCCCGUCAGGAUCGCACGAUCUUUGUUGUCUCUUUUGGGGUGUGGGAUCUCUGGGGCCUGAUUACGAAGGACUACGACACAGCAAGUAAAUCCGUUGAGCGGCGUAUUGCAACGCUCAUAGGUCAACUUGACAUGCUGUCCGAGCGCUUGGGCACAACGGACCUGAAAUUCAUUGUGACGCAGACGGUCGACGUGACUUUCCUACCCAAGUUUAAAUCCUCUGGUGAUCAGUACAAGGAUACAGUGCGGAUCCUGGAUAAGUGGAAUAGGAAGCUGCGUGAGGUGACCAAGGAGUGGAGUCAUGGCACUGUCUAUCUCUUUGAUACUAAUGCUUUUAUGAUGGACCGCAUCCGUGACUGGCAGCUCUUUACGGCGGGUAUUGAGGAAGAGAAUGGUCUAGGGAAGAACUUGGAUGGGUGGGAAAAUGUCGUGGAACCUUGCGUUGAGAGUGGGUUCAGGGUCAUGAUGUCAAAGGAGAAAAAACAGUGUGAGGAUCCAGAUAAGUAUCUGUUCUGGUAA